AUGUCUGAAGACGGAGAACAUAACCUUUUGGGUUUUCCGGAACCGUCGCAACAGGAACUGCUGAAGCAAAUGGCAGAUCAAAAUUCACGCCUGCUGUCCCUUCUGGAGCGCCUUUCUCUGCCACAACAGGCGGUCCAAGCAGUACCAAACCAGCGAAGUUCUGAUCAAAUUGUCGAAUCACUCUCAUCGACAAUCCGGGAAUUCCAUUACGAUCCGGCUGGAGGAUUAACAUUCGAUCGAUGGUUCAGCAAAUACGAAGACCUGUUCCGAGAAGACGGCAGAGCAUUGGAUAACGCUGCGAAAAUCCGCCUUCUUUUGCGUAGUCUGAGCGUUGAGGUUCAUGAGAGAUUUCUCAAUUACCUCCUGCCGCGGCACCCGCGUGAAUUCACAUUCGACCAAGUUGUAGAGAAAUUGAACGCAAUAUUUAGACAGCCAAAAUCGCUCUUCAGUCAGCGCUACGAAUGUCUUCAAGCACAGAAAAAUGAAGCGGACGAUUAUAUCACCUACGCCGGAACGAUUAAUCGUCAUUGCGAAAAUUUCGACCUGGCUAGACUUAUAGUAGACCAGUUCAAAGCGUUGAUUUUUGUAAAAGGACUCCAAUCACCCAAGGAUUCUGAAAUACGCGCUCGUUUGCUAUCUAAACUGGAAAGCGAAGGGGCCGCUGCUAUCAACCUCAACAUGCUCGUGGAGGAAUGUCAGCGUAUAGCUAACCUCAAACACGACACCGCGUUGGUUGAAGCUCACCAUAAUGAACCUUCAACAGUUCAAGCAGUUCAGCGUUUCAAACCGAAAGUUCACCAAUCCGAUACGACAGAAACCCCGCUACCACGCUCACCCUGUUGGCAAUGUGGUGCUAUGCACUAUGUCAAAGACUGCACGUAUACGACACAUGUGUGCAAACAGUGUAAUCAGCAAGGCCACAAGGAUGGCUAUUGUAACUGCGUUCGUGGUGCCACAAAACCGGACAACAAACAGCCAUACCAAGGGACAAAGAAAAAGAAGCCAGCUCAAGCCAACCACAUUCACUCCAUUAACCAGAUUCAACAUCUCCGGAAGUAUGUCGCAACUACAAUCAACGACCAAGUACUGAAGCUACAGCUUGAUUGUGGAUCAGAUAUAACAAUCAUAUCCAAAGAAUCAUGGGAAAAAUGUGGAAGACCUGUUCUGAAUUCUUCGCUGCAUAAAGCAAACACCGCUUCUGGCGAACCACUUCCUAUCAUCGGGGAAUUUUUCUGCACUCUUCGAAUCAAAAAGGACAGCAGGCAAGGAAUUUGUUACGUCACAUCGGUGAAGGGCCUUAACUUACUAGGUUUGGAUUUCAUCGAUGCCUUCAAUUUAUGGGACCAACCUCUGGCUAGUGUAUGCAACCAGGUAAAUCGUUCCAAUUCCAUUCCAAUUUCUUUGAAUCGAUACAUUAAUCGUUUCCCUGAAGUUUUCAGGGAGGGCCUUGGACUUUGCCGAAAAACGAAAGUUCAACUGUUCCUGAAACCCAAUGCACAACCGGUAUUUAGGCAGAAACGACCCGUGCCUUUUCAUGCUGUCGAAAAAGUCGAGGCAGAGCUCCAACGUCUACAACAGCUUGGUAUUAUUUCACCUGUCGACUAUUCUGACUGGGCAGCGCCAAUUGUCUCGGUCAGCAAGCCUGGAGGGAAAAUACGCGUUUGUGCAGAUUACUCCACGGGGCUAAACGCAGUGCUUGAGCCUCAUCAAUAUCCGCUACCAACGCCAGACGACAUCUUUUCCAAACUAGCUGGUAGUAAGGUGUUCAGCAUAAUAGAUUUGUCGGAUGCCUACCUACAGGUGGAAGUAGAGGACGAGUCUAAAAAGUUGUUAACAAUUAACACUCAUCGCGGAUUAUUCCGGUUCAAUCGUUUAUCACCUGGCGUGAAAUCUGCACCAGGCGCCUUCCAGCAACUCAUUGCAAACAUGAUUUCUAACCUAGAAGGCGUAGAUAAUUUUCUGGAUGAUUUUAUUGUCUAUAGUAAAACGCAUACUGAACACGUUCAAAAGUUGGACACGCUUUUCACACGUAUUCAAGAUUACGGUUUCCGUAUCCGUCCAGAGAAAUGUUCCAUUGGAAAUGCGGAAAUAAAAUAUCUUGGAUUCAUCGUUAACGCUGAAGGCAUAAAACCGGACCCGGAGAAGGUGGCUGCAAUUGCGAAUAUGCCAAAGCCUUCGGAUAUAAGCUCACUGCGUUCGUUCCUUGGUGUAGUAACUUUAUUCAAAUAA